AUGUCAGAAUCCUUGCUACAGACAGUGGUGGCGUACGUGGAGUUGGUGCUGCACCACUUCAUGGCGUUGUCGUGGACGCAGCAGCUGUCCAUAGUAAUAGUGGCACCAUUCAUAUACUCGCUGGUGUGGCAGACGUUAUAUUCAUUCAGGAAGGAUAGAGUACCGCUAGUGCCGUUCAUGGUACCCUGGGUGGGUUCCGCGCUCGCGUAUGGGAGGGCUCCGUACGAGUUUUUUGGCAAGUGCCAGCAGAAGUAUGGCGAUGUGUUUGCGUUCAUGCUGCUGGGGCGUGUGAUGACGGUGUAUCUGGGGACGAAGGGCCACGAGUUCAUUCUGAAUGCGAAGCUGGCGGAGGUGUCUGCGGAGGAGGCGUACACAAAGCUUACGACGCCUGUAUUCGGCGAGGGCGUGGUGUAUGACUGCCCCAACCACCGCUUAAUGGAGCAAAAGAAGUUCUGCAAGAACGCUCUGUCGACGGAGGCCUUCCGGCGGUACGUGCCGAUGGUGAUGGACGAGGUGCGGAAGUACCUGCGUACUUCGAAGCACUUCAUGAUGAACGAGCGCAGCUCCGGCGUGGUGAACGUGAUGGAGACGCAGCCCGAGAUGACUAUCUUCACGGCAUCGCGCUCUCUACUGGGAGCGGAAAUGCACUCUAUGCUGGACGCCGAUUUUGCUUAUCUGUACGCAGACCUGGACAAGGGCUUCACGCCUCUGAACUUUGUCUUUAGGGAUCUACCACUGGACAACUACAGGCGCAGAGAUAACGCACAGCGCACUAUUUCCAGCACGUACAUGAAGGUCAUAGAACGUCGGCGUAAAAACAACGACGUCCAGGACCGUGAUCUUAUCGACGCUCUGAUGACCAGUGCUCAGUACAAAGAUGGGGUGAAAAUGACCGACCAGCAGAUCGCAAACCUACUCAUUGGCGUGCUGAUGGGCGGCCAACAUACCUCUGCAGCUACAUCUGCCUGGGUGCUUCUGCACCUGGCCGAGCGCCCAGAUAUCCAAGAGGAGUUGUACGAAGAACAGAUGCGUGUUUUGGACGGCGGUGCGAAGGAGUUGACGUACGAACUGCUACAGGAAAUGCCGCUAUUGAACCAAGUCAUUAAGGAAACCCUGCGGAUGCAUCACCCUCUUCACUCCCUCUUUAGGAAGGUUACACGCGAUAUGCCCGUGCCAAACACCUCGUAUGUCAUCCCCAAGGACCAUUACGUCCUAGCUUCCCCUGGUUUCUGUCACUUGUCGGAAGAAUACUUCCCCAACGCCAAGGAGUUCAACCCUCACCGUUGGGACAACGAUGCAGCUUCUUCAGUUUCAACUGGCGAGAAGGUGGACUACGGCUUUGGUGCUAUCUCAAAGGGUGUCUCAUCUCCAUAUUUGCCUUUCGGCGGUGGUAGACACAGAUGCAUCGGAGAGGGUUUUGCCUACAUGCAGCUAGGCACCAUUUUCUCCGUGGUAGUGAGAUCGAUGAAGUGGCACUUUCCUGCAGAUAUGAAGGGCGUCCCCAACCCCGAUUUCACGUCCAUGGUCACUCUUCCUUCAGAGCCUUGUAGAAUUGCGUGGGAAAGGCGUGUUCCAGAUCAGAUUAUUUGA